ACACACUGUUACCGGGUGCCAUCGCAGUUCAAUUCCGGUUGCCGAGCCUUUUCACCCCUUUGCUCUGUCUUCAAAUGGAAAUGAUUUCUAUUGGCCCAAGGUGUCCAUGUAAAUAGGUGUAAAUGAAACCAGAUUAUGCCUUUCUCCCAGCCCCCCUCCUCCCAAGGCGAUUGUCAUGUGAUAGCAAAGAAGUGGCACAUUAAUGAAGCGCCUCUACAGGGGUCUUUUCUGCCCAUGUCGCCACAUAAAACUAUCAGAUGGUUAGAGGAAGGACAUGGAGGCAGCCACUUAGCUCUUAGUCUUAUCAAGAAAGAGGGAGAGAGAGAGAGGAUCUGGUCCAUUCAAGCUGGCCUGGGAAGAAGGAAACGCUACUACUUCUUCUUCUUCUUCUGCUUCUUUCGUGAGUUCACAGCUCCAGAGAAGUGAACUUGCUGGACGAGUCUCGGCUCUAUUUAAAGAAAAACUUGCAUACGGUAAACAUUUCCAGCUGAAUUCCAACACAAAAUUUGGACAGGAUGCCUAGACCCGGGAGAAACACUUACAGCGACCAGAAACCGCCGUACUCCUACAUUUCCCUCACCGCUAUGGCCAUCCAGAGCUGUCCGGAGAAGAUGCUUCCUCUCAGCGAGAUCUACAAGUUUAUCAUGGACCGUUUUCCCUACUACCGGGAAAACACCCAGCGCUGGCAGAAUUCCCUGCGCCACAACCUCUCCUUCAACGACUGCUUCAUUAAAAUCCCCCGGCGCCCGGACCAGCCCGGCAAGGGCAGCUUCUGGGCGCUCCAUCCCAGCUGCGGCGACAUGUUCGAGAACGGAAGUUUCCUGCGACGCCGCAAACGCUUCAAAGUGAUGACAUCAGAGCACCUGGCACCCAGCAAGCCCUCGGACGCUGCCCACUACCUCCAGCAGCACGCCAAGCUCCGGCUCAGUGCCCUGGGCACCCACCUCCCCCAGAUGUCCAGCUACAACCUGGGAGUGUCCCAGCCGUCCACGUUCAAGCACCCGUUCGCCAUCGAGAACAUUAUCGCCCGAGAGUACAAAGUGCCAGGGGGGCUGGCGUUCUCCACCGGGUAUCCCCUGCACAACCAGCUGACCACAGCCUGGCCCCAUAUGUACAGCACUAGCGUGAUGGACAGCGCGGCGCCCAUCUCCAUGACCAGCAGCGAUUACAGUGCCUACGGUGUGCCCAUCAAGUCGCUCUGCCACGGCGGACAGACCUUACCGGCGAUCCCGGUCCCCAUCAAGCCCACCCCGGCGGCGUUGCCUCACCACAUCCCCGCUUUCCUGUCGAACUCUCCCCAGUCGCUGAGCCCGACCUCCCCGCAGACAGCGACUAGCCAAAGCAGCCCUGCCACCCCGAGCGAGACCCUGACGGGUCCCGCGACGCUGCAGUCGGUCGCUGUGCACUGACACCUGCGAACUGGGCCUCCCUAUACUCCAAAGUUGAAUUUUAAUUAUAGACCUUGAAAAACACUGGCUAUACAAUCAAGGCAAGAGCUAUCUAUGUUGCAGUGAUGUUAAUUUAUGUGUAUGUGUUGAGAUUUUAAGUGUUCCAAUCACAUGGAUCGACACGGAUAUCAUAUUGUAAAAUGGAGAGUUUUUACAUUUUAAAUAUCCAGAAUUUAUGUGUUUAUUCCAAUGGGUUGACUGCUGACAAAUUCCAAGCACUGCGAUCUGCUUCGUGUUCGAAUCGCACAAGGCAAGUGCUCGUCGUUUUACAGGUUAUUAUCGCCUACUAUAUUUGUUAGUUAAUCUGAAACGUCCGUAAAUUGGAAUCGCUCACUACUUUCAUGUAGUUACGUUACUAACUUUCUAGACGACUAAACUUGUCUCAGUCUGCAAACCAAAAUACUUGAUCUAAAACACACAAACAAGUACACGUAUGGCAAACUUGAAAAAGUUUAAAUAUAGUUUAGGGUCAUCAAGUAAAUAUGUAAAUAAUUGCAAAUAAGUGAUAUUGAAUUGUGUCAAAUGCACUUUUUAGUUAGAUGUUUUACAUUCUAUUUUGCAGGAAAUGUUUUGUGAGCGUUUUAUUUAAAGCCGUGGUGACCAUGUGUAUUAAAUGCCGUACAUUUGUACUUUUUGUUCAGAUAUGAAGCAUGCCUUUUCCAGACUUUGUGUUGUUUUGCUGCAAGCAUGCGUGCUUUUAAAAGAUGUGCAAAACGUCUGCAUUAAAUUAUAAACUUGGUCAUCAGAAUAUUUUUUCAUUAAAAUUGUGUAAACUUAAAUAAUCA